AUGAAGAGACAAGUUACCUCUGGAACCCUGCUCCUCAGGUGUGGGUACCCGGCGCUGCCCUUGGGGGACGUGGACUCGUUCCCGCAGUCGGACUUCGGCUUCCUGGGCUCCCAAGGGCCGCUUGUUCCGGGAGCGGGGUGGCUGGGGCCGGGGGCUGAUGUAUCCCACACCUGGUCUUCCUGCCUCUGCCACAGUCUCAUCAGUUUCCUGGGGUUUUUGCUGCUGCUGGUCACCUUCCCCAUUUCUGGCUGGUUUGCCCUGGAGAGCCCCAGGACUGUGCCCACCUAUGAUCAGAUGAUCGUGUUUCUAUUGGGCUGGAUCCGUACCCCUCAAGAGCCUGGCAUGGUUUUCCUCCUGCUCAUUGACUUCUUUCAGAGGGUGGAUCUGAGGACACGAGCUUUCAGUGUCCCUCCCUGCAAGGUGAGGGUCUAAGAAUGGGGCGUGCUGUCUGUGGGGGCCAAUGUCCAGUUUAGGGCUCCAGUAUUGUCAGUGAUGACUGUGAAGGACCUGAACACAGCCAUAGCCCAGAAUGCCAUGACCAAGGCCCUGCUCAAGAGGCCUCUGCAGGCAAUCCAGAUGGAAAAGCUCAAGAUCAGCAACCAGCUCUUGGUAGGCAGCUCUUCACAGGGCAGAAUUCAGUGGCUGGCACCUGGGCCUCCCUUUGCCCGCGGGACACUGAGCAAAGCAGCAGAUCCCUUUAGGCAUCAGUCUACCCUAUGCAUGAAGAGUGUGACAACCUUUGAAGAGCCAGUGGUAUGGGUGGGACCCCCUCCAACCCAGCGUCCACAUGGCAGCCAAGGGAAUCUUUCCAACAAGCAAGUCUGCUCUGUCAACGCCCUGCUAAAUGCCUCUCUGGGGCUCCUUGUGCCUCAGAAUAAAUCCAGAGCCCAGGGGCUUGAGGUGGACCACGUGGAGCUGGCAGUGGAGGCUGUGCUACGGCCACCACAGGACAGUCCGGCUGGGCAGCUGGACAGUCCCCUCCAGCAGCUGGCUCUCCAUUUCCUGGGGAGGGGCGCUUACUCACUGGCAGGAGGUACCCUGCCCCCGGGGCCAGGUAAGGAGCCUCCUGCAAAGGACAUCUUGGAGAUGGUGAGCAAAGUUGAGUUGCCUGCCCCUCACGUUGGUGCUAGGCCCAGCUUGAAGCAGCCGGCCGAGGGACUGCUGACUACUCUGCAGCCCCACCUGGUCAGCCAAGUUCGGGCCUGCUACCAGUUCAGUGUGGUCCUUCCCAGUGACACCCAGAGCAUCUACUCCCUGGACCUAACUAUAGGUGCAACUGCCCUCCCUGCCCCCUCCUUGCCACCAAGAUUGCUUCUGAAGGGCAACCUAGCAAUGGCCAUGAAACUGGAGGCUGUUCUUAGGGCCCUGAGGUAG